GUCUUGAGUGUGCGGGUGUGUUGCCUUGCGGGAUUUUAGCCGAGGCCAAUCCAUGGACUCAGAAGAACUUCAUGGCUUGGGGAAUGAGUAUUCAAUCCCUCCCCUUCAUCCGCGGAACGUCGUCUCGGAUGGUAACAAGGAAACAUGCUCAUAGAUAGUGAUUGGUGAAUUGAUAACCAUGUCAAUCUCACAGGCUCGUUGCCUGGACAGUCCUCGGAGUGAAAUCCAUUUACCUUUGAGCAUAGUGAUAUCCAACGAGUCGGGCGAAAUCUUGCCUUUGCCUCCAUCUCCUCCCUCCGAUUCCGGAGACAGGCCAGCCUCUCUAUCGACCCUGUCGGCCUCUGAGGUCAGAGUUUUGAUUGAAGGACAGGGCCUGUCAUUUGAGGAACAGGUUCCUCACGCAAAGCAAGAUGACAUGUGCGAGGUUGGCGAAGAUCCAAGUUUGCCAGAGACGGAUGUCCAAGAAGAGCCGGAUGGAUCAAAAAAUCAGCUUUUUGCCGAAGAGCUCUUGGACGUGCCCAGUUCCAAUCAGUGUUCCUCGAGCCGGAAUGACUCAAUUAGCUCUUGUGGGUCAUUGCUGGUACCUCUGAACUCGUACAACCCAUCCUCUAUGUCGUCCAUUGACCCAGAGCUGGGUGUCCGGGAUUCGGGCUCGGUUCCCGAUACCACCCUGGAACACAAUGGGCUCUCGAGGGAUGAUCCGGAUGAAUGUGAGGAGGACUUGGGCGGCUCAUCAGCCAUUUUGAAUAAAAAGCUACAAAGAGACUCGUCCACUAAAGAGGCUGAUCCAUCCGGUCGAAUAUUCCGACGUGGAUUAGUGUAUAAUGGGAUUUAUCUCCCGAGCCUUUCCGGAAAGCUCCAAGACGAACGCUUAGAAAUCGCUUACCAAAAGUACGCACACCGUCAGCGACAAAAGUCGUUAAUGCUGGUGAAUUCGGCAGACAUCCUGCUGAAAUUGGUGACCAUUCUCAAAGUUCUGUGUUACAUUGACACCGGGGAUUCGGAAUCCGUGUCUGAGAGUCCGGAUGAUCCGGUGGAAAAGACCUGCUAUUUGGUCACGCCCUCCCAGUUGAUGAGCCUGGUGGCUUGGCUUACCACGGCGGCCGUUUUGAACGUUAUCCUGGGAUUAAUCUCUUGGUGGAGAUGCUACGCCAACAACUUUCUCCAUUGGGGCGCCUUGGCUACGUGGCUACUACUGCUAAUUCAAGGCGGUAUGGAAUGUGUUUUCGAUCGGAUUUCUUUAUUUGGGAGUCAAUUGGAUCGGUCUGUACACGAAAUACCUAACCGAGCGGGCCCAACGAAAGGCCUUCCUGGAGACCCGAAGAUCUCUCGAGACCAGGUUCAAAACACAGAAAGAAAAUGAGAGACAAGAAAGACUCCUUCUCUCGGUUUUGCCGUCGUUCGUGGCCCAACAAAUGAUCCGUGAUAUCGCCCUGGAAGAGGAAAAGGCCAUUGGAGACUUUCAGCCCGAGCAAUUCCACAAAAUUUAUAUUCACCGCUAUGAACAGGUCUCCAUCUUGUUCGCGGACAUCAAGGGAUUCACGGCUCUUUCGACCACCUGCGAGCCCGAAGAACUCGUUCGAAUCCUCAACGAUCUUUUCGCUCGGUUCGACAAACUUGCCAAUGAAAGCAGCUGCCUUCGUAUCAAGCUCCUGGGUGAUUGCUACUAUUGUGUGGCGGGUCUUCCCGUGGCCAGAGCCGACCACGCCAACUGUUGUGUGGAACUUGGCCUUAAGAUGAUCAAAGCCAUCAAUUUGGUCAAGCGGAAGAGGAGUUCGGUGGAACUGGCAAUGAGAAUUGGUGUGCACUCAGGAUCCGUUCUGUGUGGGGUCCUUGGUCUUCGAAAGUGGCAGUUUGACGUCUGGUCGAAUGAUGUCACCAUUGCCAACAAAAUGGAGUCAGGUGGAAUUCCAGGACGGGUGCACGUCUCCCGAGCGGUAUUGGAUAACCUGAAUGGGGCCUAUGACGUGGAGCCCGGCAAUGGAGGGGAUCGGGAUCAGUUCUUGGCGGAUUUCCGCAUCGAGACAUAUCUGAUUGUGGGCAAAGCGGGCGGCAACGGCGGAAAGCCGACUAGAAAUUCAAUUUGUCUCCAUGAUUGUCUUCCGACGGUGCCAAAAGGAAAGCUGAAGAAAACGGAUCAUCGCCGUCGCUCCUCCGGCCAAUCCGAAACAUCCAAUCAUGGAGUUGUAGGCGUGGCCGUGAACGCCAUGGCCAAAGAAGGCCAACCCGCCCCGAACAACAAUAACAAAGCGGGCGAAUUAAAGAAGCAGACGAGCAAUGGAAGCGUGGGUUCGGGUAUUCAGUUGGUGGUCACCUCGGUGGAGGGCACGAACACCACCACAGUCGCCACCAUGAAUGGCGGUGCCAUUAAUGGGAAUGGCACCAUGGCCUCCUCACUCUCCACUUUGGUCGAAGACGAUGGCAAUGAGCCGGGUGGGACUUGGAAACCUGAGAUACCAUUUGAAAACCUUGAAAUGACUGAAGAUGAAGUGGAAGCAUCUGGACGACAUCCGUCCAUUCACGGUGACUUGAAAAGCGUCCAAAGGCCAACCACAUUGGCAGAUGAGGUUGAUAACUUGCUUGACAUUUCCAUGGAGAUCGCGAGUAACAAGCGCAUGAAACGAGAUCAUAUCAAGCCAUUCAGACUCACCUUCAAAGACAAGGAUAUGGAGAACAAGUAUUGUCACCAAAGAGACUACACCUUCAAAUCCAGUCUCUUCUGUUUGGUGGGCGCCUGGGUUCUGGUCUUCAUCUCUGAGCUGUUCCAGAUUAGACUUCAUAUGAAAUGGUGUCAAUUGCUGCCCGAAUCUCUACCCAAGAACGGGACAUGUAACAUCAACAUCACCCUCUUGUGCACAGCCUUGAUCACGUUGUCCUUAACCGCCGGCCUUUGCUUGGUCAUGUUCGAAUCGAAACUAACCAAAUCGAUGAAAAAGAUGUCCUACGUCCUCAUUCACAACCGGAGGCGACGAAACACCGUCAUCUUCACCACCUUCUUCCUAAUGGCCUUGGCCACUGCUCUCUCUGUGAUUGACCAAGUCAACCAAGAUAAACUCCUCCAAGAUGUUGGCUCGUCCUCGACGGAUGGCAGCACAACCAAUCCGUUUGCCAAUGCCAACAACAGUCCCACCACACUCCGGCUGCCCUUCGUCAAUGCUCUUCCAUCGCCGCCAGGAGAUCCAUUGGGAACGUCUUCCGCCACCUCACUCCUGAAGCCUGUGCUCAUCUCUGACACCGGAAUGGACCAAAUCAUCAUUUCCACUCAGGAUAACGCGUCAUUUGUGUUUCGGACGGAGGACGCCAUCCCAGAGGAUAGAACUCGCUCUCACAGUGAUCCAUUCUCCUAUCACGAGUACACGUCCCAGUAUUUGGUCCACAUCUGGAUCAUGACCAUUCUGUCCUUGGCCACGUUCAUCAAGUUCUACUACCUCUACAAAGCGAUCCUUCUCCUUCUCAUGUUCACCAUCUACAGUAUACUCAUCCUCAGCCUCAUGAAUUGGACCUCUGGCAUAUUGGUGUUGUGUCUAUUUGUCUUCUUAGUGUUGUAUCAUGGCCGACAGGUGGAGAUUGCCAGCUCGUUGGAUUUCUUGUGGAAACAACAAGCUCGUCGUGAAUUGGAAGAAAUGCGAGAAAUGCGUCGACAUACGGACCAACUUCUUCACAACAUCUUGCCAAACCACGUGGCCAAAUACUUCCUGGAAAUGGAACGACAAGCCGAGGGACUUUUUCAGGAGCUCUACGCCCAAGGGCGAUCCAAUGCCGGGGUUUUAUUUGCCUCGAUCCCCAAUUUCUUGUCAGAUUUCUACUCCGAGGAUGUGAACGAAGGCAUGGAGUGCAUUCGAUUGCUCAACGAAAUCAUCGUCGAUUUCGAUCAAAUCUUAGAUGACGAGAAGUUUCGCAGCAUCGAGAAAAUCAAGACCAUUGGAAGCACCUACAUGGCCGCUUCCGGGAUCAAUCCUUUGGAAUCGGAGAGCGAUGAAUAUGCUCAUCUCUGUGAUCUCGUGGAUUUCGCCAUUGAAAUGCGCCAAAAACUCGAUGACAUCAAUAAGCAUUCGUUCAACAAGUUCGAGCUUCGAAUAGGUAUCAGUGUGGGUCCCUUGGUGUGUGGCGUGAUAGGCGCCACGAAACCUGUCUUCGAUAUUUGGGGUGAUACCGUCAAUGAGGCGAGUCGGAUGGACUCCACCGGAACUAUGGGCUGCAUUCAAGUGUCCCAGAAGACCGCUGCUAUCCUGAAGGAACGUGGUUACCAUAUUAAGGAGAGGGGAGUUAUCGAGGUCAAAGGCAAGGGACAAAUGCUGACCUCGUACGUGCUCGGACGGAAGAUCUCGAGGUCACUGAUGUAUGGCAAAACCGUUCAUCAGGGCAACAACAGCUUGGCUGAGGUGGUCUAUGGUAUGGUCCGAGCAAGAAAAAGGAGAACCGCCCGAAGAGGUAAAAAAUCCAGUAAGGGCGGAGAGACCGACACGGGCACGGAUAUCACGGGCAACGAACUCUCGAGCGAGUGCUUGUCGGUAGAAAUGGCCAGUAAUGGGGAAUUCAUCUCGACCACCGCCACCACCAGCAAUUCAUUCCAUCGAGCGCACACCCGGAACGGGCAAAGCAAUCGAAACCGUGAAGGAGGCGGUUCAGCUUGUGACGCCCUAUUGAGCACCUCGUCUUUUACGAACGGCCUUCAACGCAACGGCAAUGAUUUGCGGCGAAGUCUGAGACGAAUCAACUCGAUCACUAGACGGAAACUCUCGCCAAGUCGCCAUUCGGCCAACAAGGGCGUUCAUCGGAAGCAUAGUCAAAGCGCCGAUCAUCUGGAUGAGGACUUCCAUUCCGUGCAAAUGGUCCAAGGAAUGUGAUAUGAUUGUCAUGUCAAGUUCCAGUACGUUUUGUAGUUAUUUUACACCCAACUCGAUCCACCCACACACGCAUACAUAUGUUUACAGGCUGUGAACUUGAUUACUGUAACGACGUCUCCCUGUAUUAAGCCACGGACUUCUAGAGAUACAAACUAUCAUUAUUAUUAUCAUUAUCAUUAUUAGUACUAUGAAUAAUAUCCCUAUCUCAGAAUAAAUGUUCAAUUAGUUCUCUGGAA